AUGUCCGACAUCGCCAGGACCACCAUCGUCCGCUACGCCGCCACCCCCCUGGCCAGCCCCAAGCCCAAACUGGCCUUCUCGACCACCGCCCUAACCGCCGUCGCCGAGGGACAUGUCCGCUUCGAUCCCGACCUCGUCGAGUCUGCCCACCCAACGCGUCUCAAGUCCCCUCCCGCUCCCCCCACGGCCGCGGAAAUGGCCAUGGCCAUGGCCGCCAUACCAACCCCUUCUCUCACCCCAGUCAGCCACGUCCGCUUUGCUUCUGAUGUUGUUGACAAUGUUCACCCGAAGCGGUAUGUCUCUCCUGUGCUUGACUCUCCACCCACUCCUCUUAAGCGCCAUCGCGACGACGGCACUUAUAUCGACCGUGGCCAUACCUACAAUAACAGCAAAGACAACGACGACAAGAACACUUACAGCAAUGACGAGGACAAUGAUGAUAUCAACGUCAACGACAAGAUCAACAUCAAGCUCGACUUGACCCUCAAGGACAAGAUGAAGAAGCUUCUCCAUAAGAAGUAG